CCUUCACUUUCUCCGCCAUCUCCCUCUCUAUUCCUCCACCAUCACAUCACCACCGCCCGCCGCCGCAAAUAAAAAAAUAAAUAAAAAAAAUGCCAGAAACAACGGCGGCACCACCAAACUCCCCGACCACAGUAAAGCUCAAGUACGUAAAACUCGUGUACCAAUAUCUGGUCAACCACAUUCUCACCCUUGCGUUAAUCCCACUCCUCCUCUCACUCCUCCGGGUGGGCCCCACCGAGAUCCUCUCUCUCUACAACUCCCUCCACCUCAACCCGGUCCAGAUCCUCUGCUCCGCGUUCCUCGCCGUGUUAAUCUCGACCGUCUAUUUCAUGUCCAAACCCCGAUCAAUCUACCUCGUCGAUUACUCCUGCUACAAACCCCCGGUCACGUGCCGCGUGCCCUUCUCAACCUUCAUGGAACAUUCCAGACUCAUCCUCAACCAAAACCCUAAGAGCGUCGACUUCCAGAUGCGCAUUCUAGAACGCUCCGGCCUCGGCGAGGAAACCUGCCUCCCUCCGGCCAUCCACUACAUCCCUCCCACCCCCACCAUGGAGGCGGCGCGUGGCGAAGCCGAGCUCGUCAUCUUCUCCUCCAUCGAUUCCCUUAUGCACAAGACCGGAAUCAAACCCAAAGACAUCGACAUACUUAUAGUCAACUGCAGCCUGUUUUCUCCCACGCCGUCGCUCUCCGCCAUGGUGGUGAAUAAGUACAAACUCAGGAGCAAUAUCAAGAGCUACAAUCUCUCCGGCAUGGGCUGCAGCGCCGGCUUAAUCUCCAUCGAUUUAGCUCGGGAUUUGCUCCAGGUUCACCCGAAUUCGAACGCGCUGGUUGUCAGUACAGAAAUCAUCACCCCGAAUUACUACCAGGGUUCCGAGAGGGCAAUGCUUCUGCCGAACUGUUUGUUCCGGAUGGGCGGCGCCGCCGUACUCCUCUCCAACAAACGCCGCGACGCCGCCAGGGCCAAGUACAGGCUCGUCCACGUGGUCCGCACGCACAAGGGCGCCGACGACAAGGCGUACACGUGCGUGUACGAGCAGGAGGACCCGCAGGGGAAGGUCGGGAUAAACCUGUCCAAGGAUCUGAUGGUGAUCGCCGGAGAAGCGCUGAAGUCGAACAUCACCACCAUAGGGCCGCUGGUGCUGCCGGCGUCGGAGCAGCUCCUGUUCCUGCUAACCCUAAUCGGGCGGAAGAUAUUCAACCCCAAGUGGAAGGCCUACAUACCGGACUUCAAGCUGGCGUUCGAGCACUUCUGCAUACACGCCGGAGGGAGGGCGGUGAUCGACGAGCUGCAGAGGAACCUACAGCUGUCGGCGGAGCACGUGGAAGCUUCCCGAAUGACGCUCCACCGCUUCGGGAACACGUCGUCCUCUUCGCUGUGGUACGAACUAGGGUACAUCGAGGCGAAAGGGAGGAUGAAGAAGGGAGAUAGGGUUUGGCAGAUUGCUUUCGGGAGUGGGUUUAAGUGUAACAGCGCCGUGUGGAAGUGUAACCGAACGAUCAAAACUCCGGCCGACGGACCCUGGACCGACUGCAUUCAUAGGUAUCCGGUGCAUAUUCCUGAAAUUGUCAAGCUCUGAUAUAUAUAUAUAUAUAUAUAUACAAUAUAUAGAUACAUAUAAAUGUAUGUAUUAUAAGUUCAGCAAAAGAUGCAGCGGCGCGUGAAUUACAUGGAGGGUGGCCGGUUAAUUAGUUAAUUUCAAGAACUUGUGUACAUUGUUUUGUUAAUCAUGAGGAAUUUGACUGAUGUGA